AUGCAGUCUGUUGGCGCUGGUGGUCAGCAAUCUCCGUACUUAGUAAUGGCCGGUAACUCGGUGCUCUUUACCCUUAUGACGUUUACUUGUCUCAGUGGAUCCGUCCUCAUCAACCACGUUGGCAUGCGACACACCAUGGCUCUGGGUACGACUGGGUACGCUCUCUAUUCCGCUGCAUUGUACCAGAAUAAUAGAUAUGGUACACAAUGGUUCAUUUACCUUGGAUCUGCAGCUUGCGGCAUCACUGCUGGUUUCUUCUGGGCUGCGGAAGGUGCAAUCAUGCUAAGCUACCCACCGCCUGAGAGCCGUGGCAGGUAUCUUGCGUAUUGGCUUGCGUAUCGAAAUAGUGGCGCAAUCCUGGGAGGUGCGAUCAAUCUAGCAUUCAAUUACAGUGGCAAGAAGCUUGGUAAGUUAGAUUGGAAGACUUACAUUGUGUUCGUCGUGCUGCAAUGUCUUGCUCCAGCGGUCGCGAUGUUGCUGUCAAACCCUGAGAAAGUUCAACGUAAGAAUGGAACCAAGGUCAAACUCAUGCCGAAGAUUCCAGCGAAGGUCGAGUUCGCGGAGACCUUGAAGUUGCUCCUUCGAAAAGAAAUGCUGCUGCUUAUUCCUUACUUCUGCUACGUCACUUGGUCGCUGCCAUACAUCGGCUCUUACAUGUCGCUGUACUUCUCGGUCCGGUCUCGAGCACUUACCUCACUUGCCACAGCACUUGCGCAAGUUCUCGCGACAGGAAUCCUGGGGUCUUUCCUCGACUGGGAACUAUUGACACUUAACCAGAGGGCCCGUUUUGGCUUCCUAGGCAUAAUGGUCUUGAGCGGCGGAGUAUGGGUGUGGGCCGUUGUCAUCCAAUACAAGUACCAAAGGAGUAGACCAGCACUUGACUGGACGGACAGUCAGUUUGGCGAAGGUUGGGCUCUGUACGUGUUUCAGCAGGUCGAGUUCGCGCUGACGUACAACUACGGCUACUGGCUCAUUGGCUUCCUUGCUAAAAGACCUGUAGAGGUUGUCAGAUAUUCCAGCGUUGCGAGAGGUGUUGAGGCCGCUGGACAAUGCAUCGCAAGUGGAAUUAGUUCUACCAAAGCUGCGCCGAUAGUCUCAGCCGGACUCAUAAUGGCGUGGUGGGGUAUUGCGCUUCCAGCAGGGUUCCUGGUUGUGUGCAAAGUUGGGAUCGAGCAUGUUGGAGCUGAGGGCUACGUUCCUGAGAAGACACCAGCAGACGACGAGGCUGGCUCUGUAGCUGACCGGAUUAAAAAGUAG